GAGGAUUGGCCCCCACACCUCCAUCCCAAGAACUAGUACCCACUUUGUAAUACAAUGGCUUCUUUGCGCCCUAAAACAAUGACACGUCUUUUAGCCCGGAAUUAAGGCAUAAGGGCUCCGGUCCUUGCAUGUAUAUAUAUGCAUAACACAUCCCUCUCUUUGCUCAACCCUCAGUCCCACCAUUUACAAUAUAACCCCAAACAACCCUAGCUAAUAUCUUGUGAAGAAGAAGAAGAUAGAGAGAUAUUUUGGAUAGAUAAUAAUAAUAGGUAGCUAGCUAUGUGCAACUCUAAGUCCUCUUCCCCAUCCUUACUUGUCUCUACUAACCAAACCCAUUUCUUCUGCUCCCAUAAGUCUUCCAUGGCUCCCCACCUUGUUGUUGAUGAUGAUCAAGAACAGCUUCAUAGAUGGCCAACCCCUAGAGAGGCUAUGGAGGAGAUAAAAGCGAUAGGGAAGAUUUCAGGGCCGACAGCCAUGACAGGGCUGUUAAUGUAUUCCAGAGCUAUGAUCUCCAUGCUUUUCCUGGGAUACCUCGGAGAACUCGAGCUGGCCGGAGGGUCCCUCGCUAUCGGCUUCGCUAACAUCACCGGAUACUCUGUCAUCGCCGGGCUGGCCAUGGGGAUGGAGCCCAUUUGCGGCCAGGCUUACGGCGGCAAACAGAUGAAGCUUCUGGGGCUUACUUUACAGAGAACGGUGCUCCUCCUCCUUUCCACCUCCGUCCCCAUCUCCUUCGCGUGGCUGAACAUGAAGAACAUCCUGUUAUGGUGCGGGCAGGACGAGGAAAUCGCGUCAAUGGCGCAUACUUUCAUCGUCUUCGCCAUCCCCGACCUUUUCUUCCUCUCUUUGCUCCAUCCUCUCAGGAUAUAUCUCAGAACGCAAGGCAUUACGCUGCCGUUGACCUACUGCUCCGCCAUCUCCCUUCUCCUCCACGUCCCUCUCAACUUCGUUCUGGUUAGCUACUUCCACCUGGGAGUCGCCGGGGUGGCUAUAGCCAUGGUGUUCACGAAUCUCAACCUCUUCCUCCUCCUCUGCUCCUUCGUCUACUUUUCCGGCGUGUAUAAGGAUUCUUGGGUGGCCCCCAGCUCCGACUGCCUACGUGGCUGGUCUUCCUUGUUGGCUUUAGCCAUUCCCACCUGCAUUUCGGUUUGUUUGGAAUGGUGGUGGUACGAGUUUAUGAUACUGUUGUGUGGAAUUCUGGGGAAUCCGAAAGCUACCAUUGCUUCAAUGGGGAUUUUGAUUCAAACUACUUCUCUUGUUUAUGUAUUCCCGUCUUCUUUAAGCCUGGGAGUGUCGACUAGAGUGGGGAACGAGCUCGGCGCCGGGCGGCCGGCCCGGGCGCGGAUUUCCAUGAUCGUUUCUCUCUUCUGCGCGGCCGGGCUGGGGGUGGCGGCGAUGCUCUUCGCCACCCUGAUGCGGCACAAAUGGGGGAGGUUCUUCACCGCCGACGAAGAGAUUCUUAAACUCACGGCCAUCGCAUUGCCCAUAGCAGGGGUGUGCGAGCUCGGAAACUGCCCGCAAACCACCGGGUGCGGGGUCCUGAGAGGCAGCGCGCGGCCCACAAUCGGCGCCAACAUAAACCUCGGAUCAUUCUACCUCGUCGGAAUGCCGGUCUCCGUCCUCCUCGGAUUCGCACUGAAAAUGGGGUUCGCCGGCCUCUGGUUAGGCUUGCUUGCCGCUCAGGCCACCUGCGCCGUCCUCAUGCUCGUGGUGCUUUGCAGAACCGACUGGAGUCUCCAAGCAAACAGAGCCAAAGAACUCACAAAAUCUUCUUCCCCGUCGUCGCCGCCAUUGCCGCCAUUAUCGCCACCUCCUUCACUCAAACCAAAUCUUGAAGACAUCUUAUGCAGUAAAGAUGAUACUCUUGAAACGGAUCCUCUGAUUAUUAUUGUAAAUUAACCAUUAGAUUUUUAUUUUUAUAUAUAUUUACCUCCAUCAUAUCAUAUCAUAUCAGAUCAGAUCAAAUUUUCCCCACCCUAAGGUAGCCACCAGAUAUAUGCAUGAUGAUGGGUUGAUGUGAAUUUUCCAAACACAUAUACUAUACGGACUACUACUACUUUUGGAUUUUUACCACUCCAUCAUUAUCACGUCAUCGUAUCCCUCAUUCUUACCCUACCUUACCUAAUUAGUUUUUACUGUAGCCUCACUCAUCUUCCACAUGCUAGCUCUAUAUAUAUAUACCUUUUGUACAAUAAUAAUAAAUAAAGUAUUAAUAAUAUG